GGUCAUCAGCCUCUCUUCCUCUUUCUCCUUCUUCCCACCCACCCAUGCAAUAACACACUACACCACAACUACUCUCUCUCUCUCUCUCUCUUUCUCUCUUUCUCUAUACAUAUAUACAUAUAUAUAUAGCCUAGCUACAACAUUCUUGAUCUUAUCUCCACAGAGACAUAUAUUCCCAUUUCAUACAUUCUCAAUAACUGCAGGGCAACAAUAUGAAUUGUCUGAGAAGAGAUUUGAUCCUUUGUUUCUUGCUCAUCAUGUUUCUUCUGGCUGUCCAUAACCAUGCAACAAUUGUAGAAUCCCCAACUCCUCAGCCACAACCAUCAGGCGGUUUUCCCAUGUAUGGUGCAACUCCAGGCAGCCUUCAACCUCAGGAGUGUGGGAGGAGAUGCACGACGAGAUGCUCGAAAACGGCGUUCAAGAAGCCAUGCAUGUUCUUCUGUCAGAAAUGCUGCGCCAAAUGCCUGUGCGUGCCUCCGGGCACUUACGGCAACAAGCAGUUCUGCCCUUGCUACAAUAACUGGAAGACCAAGAGAGGAGGACCAAAGUGCCCUUAGAUCAUAUACUUUUACAACUAUUUUCUCAUUACAUCCUCUUUAUAUAUCUCUUAAUCUGUGAUGUGUGUACUUAUUUCAUGACACUAUCAAUGUGUUUGUCUUAAAUUUUUGAUGGCUUGUUCACUUGUACAAUCACUGAGUUCUUCAUUAUGAUGUUAGAGUCGAAGUCAAGCAGGUGUUGGUGGGCUCGAA